UCCAUCUGUCGGGAUCCAGAAGUCUUUCCUGAGCCUGAAGCCUUCAAGCCUCAACGCUGGAUUGAUGGCCAUGGUCGCCUGAGAGACACUUUAUAUAAUCGUCUCUACGGUUUUGGUCGGCGUAAAUGCCCUGGGCAAUAUAUCGCGGACAGAUCGGCGUUCAUAAGCGCGGUCUUGAUACCUUGGGCCUUCCAGCUCACUCUAGAUCCUACAAAGCCGUUGGAUGACACAGGAUCCAUGAAUGUGGAGAAAGCCCUCCUGCCGUUUACAUACCGGCCGUGCACCACCGAAUUCGAGAUGAUGAUUCCGGGACUAGUCGAGGAGAAUUGGACACAAGUAACUCAUCCUUCAGUACUAUCAGUCAUUAUAUCAAGAUCCCGGGUGGCAUGGGCCCCAUUUUAA